GUUAUUAUCCCUCAGAGGCUAGGAGGGCUCCCGAGUGAAAGCUUCAUUGUUUCCUUAUUCCUUUCUUUGAACAAACUGGCAGGUUCAGCUCCACUUCAUUGCAGUAUGUUCUGUCAUGGACACUUUGGUCUUUGGACACACAAGUCAGACCAUGGGUUUGUCAAGGUGCUGUGGCCGGUCCUUUAGCUGAAGCAACAAGUUCUGCUGGUUCCUUCAUGAGGCAAAAAGAACAAGGUGAAGCAGCUGGUUCAGCUGCCCAGCUAAGUGAGGCAACAGAAAUGCAGCUGAGUCUGAAGCGGGAGAUUGGACUGACCAGUGGGGUGUCAUUAAUUGCGGGGACUAUGAUUGGCUCAGGUAUUUUCAUGUCUCCAGAGUGGGUGCUGCGUAACAUAGGCAGCCCUGCUGGUAGCCUCAUCAUUUGGGCAGCCUGUGGCCUUCUAGCCACCUUCGGAGCUCUGUCAUAUGCUGAGCUAGGAACAAUAAUUAAAGAGUCCGGCGGAGAGUAUAUUUACAUUCUGAGGAAUUUUGGCUCUCUCCCUGCUUUUCUUUUUGCAUAUACGUCUGUCAUUGUGGUGAGGCCUGCAGGAGUGGCAGCCAUCUCUCUGAGCUUCGCGGAAUAUGCUGUGGCUCCCUUUUAUCCCGGGUGCUCCUCGCCUCAGCUUGUGGUCAAAUGCAUAGCUGCAGCCUGCAUCCUUCUCCUAACUCUGGUCAACUGUCUUAGCGUAAGGCUGGCCACUUCUGUUAUGAACAUUUUUACAGGUGCCAAGCUUUUAGCACUCCUGGUCAUUGUUGUGGGUGGGAUUGUGUUACUGGUUAAUGGGCAGGGGCAAAAUUUUCAGAAUGCUUUUCAAAACACACGGUAUGGGGCUGGAGCAGUUGGAAUUGCUUUUUAUCAGGGACUGUGGUCAUUUGAUGGAUGGAACAACCUGAAUUAUGUGACUGAGGAAAUUAAAAAACCUGAAGUAUACCUGCCUAGGGCAAUGAUGAUUGCUAUUCCUCUGGUAACCUGUUUAUAUUUGCUGGUAAAUGUGAGUUACUUUGCAGCCAUGACUCCAAGUGAACUUCUGUCUUCAGGUGCUGUGGCCAUUACUUGGGGGAACAAAGUCCUGGGCAACUCAGCAUGGCUGAUUUCAUUGUCAGUCGCACUGUCCACAUUUGGGUCAGCGCAUGGGACAUUCUUCAGCGGAGGUCGCAUGUGCUACAUCGCAGCAAGAGAGGGCCAUAUGCCAGACAUCCUGUCAAUGGCACAUGUACGCUGCCUCACCCCUUCUCCGGCUCUCAUAUUUACAUCAGCAGUAUCUUUAAUUAUGAUUAUACCUGGAAACUUCAGUAACAUAGUGAACCUUUUCAGCUUCACAGCUUGGCUUUUCUAUGGUAUAACUAUAGCUGGACUCCUGUAUUUAAAGGUUAAGAAACCAGAACUGCCAAGAUCUUACAGAGUACCCAUUGUCAUCCCGAUAGUUGUGCUGCUGACAUCUGUCUACCUGGUGCUGGCACCUAUAAUUGACCAGCCUCAGACUGAGUUCCUCUAUGUCAUCCUCUUCAUUUUCAGUGGGGUCAUCUUUUAUUUCCCCUUGGUGUAUUACCAAUAUCAUCCUGCCUUCUUAAAACGAUUAACUUUGCAUCUGCAGCUGCUUCUGGAAGUCGCUCCAGUUGAAAAGAAUGUGAACUGAUUUAGUAUCCAUAUGACUGUAGUGGGCAGCUGAUCUCCCCCCCUUUCUCCCCCCCCCUUUCCCCCGCUGUGGGGGAGGGGAGGGGUCUGUGAGGGUUGUUAUUUUGCAAGAAUGUGCAAUGCUUAAUAAAAUCUAGUUUGUUCCUU